UAGGGAGGAAAAAGACAGAAAAGGGAACCAUGAUUCCGAGCAUCUGAAGAACAAAUAAAACUGAACACAGUGUGGAUAUUGUACCUUGUUAUUGUUUCGUAUUCGGAGCGGGAAGACUGGAAUAAUAUGCAGUGGAGAGAGGCGGAACGGAGACGGCAAUGGCUCGAACAUAUUGAAUAGCUCGCGACGCUCAAAGGAAAGACAUUAUACUUCAUCGAACCUUCCUCAUCUCGACGGGCUUUAUUUAAUGGCUUCAAUCCUCGCAGUCACCGACCCUUGUCUUUUGCGUAGCACCGUUGAGGUCGAAUCACGGUGGAUCGCGUGAGCAUCUAUAUGCCAAACACCGGAACGAGCAUUAUUCGGCCUCGAAAUCAAAAGACAGCCACCUGAUCUGAUUCAAAGCCGUCGAUUUUCGCUGAGGGGAAUCAUGGAUUUUAACGGGAGCGGCGGUGGAAAUGAGCUGCACAACAAUCAGUUUUAUCCGUCCGAAGAGAGUAAGCCUCUGCUGGGGGACAUAUCCACGCAGCAGCCGCCGCCGGAGGGGAAUAAUAAUCACAAAGCGGGGCCCUGCAGCAAGAGGAGCCUUCUACACAGCAGCAGUGGCAUGAGGUACAAACUGCUCCAGGAGGGGGACAUCCAGGUGUGCGUGGUCAAACACCCGCGGACCUUCCUUAGUAAGAUUUUCACCUCCAAAUAUUUACGGAGGUGGGAGCCCCACCACCUCACCUUGACGGACAGCAGCCUGGUGUCUGCCACGCCUACAGGAUACAUGGAGGCCCCUCUGUCUUACAGCACUAUCGAGGACCUACAGCUGCUGUCCUGGGACAACGCCCCCAAAUACUGUGUCCAGCUAAGCAUCCCUGGAGGGACAGUCCUCCUGCAGGCUGCUAACAGCUAUCUGCGGGACCAGUGGUUUCACUCUUUGCAGUGGAAGAAAAAGAUCUACAAAUACCGCAAGGUUCUGAAUAACCCGAGCCGCUGGGACGUGGUUCUGAAGGAGAUCAGGGCCCUGGUGGAUAUGGCCCUCAUCUCACCCCUGCAGGACGAAUCCAUCCAUCAGGCCCCGCUGCACAUCAUCUCCACCCUGCUUGCUGAGAACACUAACCUCAGCGCUCAGGAUCACGAGAACAUAAUUGUGGCCAUCGCACCCUUGCUGGAGAACAACCACCCUCCCCCUGACUUGUGUGAGUUCUUCUGCAAGCACUGUAGGGAGCGUCCUCGGUCGAUGGUGGUGAUUGAAGUGUUCACUCCUGUGGUUCAGAGAAUCCUCAAACACAACAUGGACUUUGGGAAGUGCCCCAGACUCCGUCUCUUUACUCAAGAGUAUAUUUUGGCUCUGAAUGAGCUUAACGCUGGCAUGGAAGUGGUCAAGAAGUUCAUUCACAGCAUGCACGGUCCCACCGGACAGUGCCCUCAUCCUCGGGUUCUCCCCAAUCUCGUGGCGGUCUGCCUAGCUGCCAUCUACUCUUGCUACGAAGAAUUCAUCAACAGGUGCGUCCAAUUCACUGGUUUUCCGACCCAUGAGACGCGAUUCACCCCUUGGGACCGGAGAGACAACAUGCAGCCAGGUCAUCAUGGUUAA